AUGCAAAAGAGCACCAAUAUAUCAGCCACCAUCUCCUCAACCACCAUGCCGCCUAAUAUUUCCCCAAUGUUACUGGUCGAGGAAAAAAAAGAAUCCGAAAACAACGAUUCUUUUCCCGAGAGAAAAGAUACCGAGUCGGCCGGUGAAAAAAUUACCUCAAAACCCCAUGACUCGGUGGAGCUCUCCCCGGAGUCACGGAACGAGCCAUUGCCGGAGGUGUCGGAGGACAGCGGGAGGGAGAGGCUGAAGAGGCACCGGGUCGAGAUGGCGGGUCGGGUCUGGAUACCGGACAUGUGGGGUCAGGAGGGUUUGCUAAAGGACUGGGUCGACUGCGCAGCCUUCGACGCGUCCUUGGUGAAUAGCAGCAUUUUGUCGGCGAGAGAUUCUUUGGUGGAGGAAGGAAGGAGAGCCAACUCCACACGAUUGAGAGUACAUAAUGGUUGUUAA